AUGGGCAGGGAGGAACCUCUCCCUCCCCAAACAACAAAAUGGCCGAGAAGAUGCCGAACCUCCCCCGGCCACCCUGAGGCGAGACCCCAGGCAGUUUCCCUCCCCGCAGCCCAUCCCGCAGGCAGCGCCCGGCGCCGCGGGCAGGGAUCCCGCAGCUCCCGCAGCGUUCCAGCGCCCCUGGGCCGGCGAAGGGGAGAAGGCGACGCAACAAAAGAAAGAAGCGUGCGGGCCCAGCGCCCCGCCUUCGAUGCAAACCCCCCGGGAGCCCGAUCAGCACCGGUGCGGCGAGGCCGAGGCCGCAGCGCAGCCCUGCGAGACCAAAGCACAGCGGAGAGGGUGAGGGCUGCGCUGGAGAGGCCCCAGCCCCAGGUGAGCCGGCCUCCCAGCUCUCCCCUGGGAUGGACCAGCGAGGUACCAAGUCUGGCUGCUCUGGGGCCCCGGGAGCAGCUGGUAAGCUUUUUGCUGAUUGGAAUUGCAACAUGGGGAGUCAGCUUCGGACUCAUCUGUAGCUUCAGAGUUGUUGGAGUGGUAAUUGCAGUAGGAAUCUUCCUGUUCCUUAUUGCCUUAGUUGGAUUGAUUGGUGCAGUGAAACAUCAUCAAGUACUGCUAUUCUUUUACAUGAUUAUUCUUUUUCUAGUUUUUAUUGUCCAGUUUUCUGUCUCCUGUGCCUGCUUGGCACUAAACAAGGAUCAGCAGGGUCAACUUCUAGAGGUGGGAUGGAAUAACUCUAAAAGCGCGAGAACAGAUGUUGAGAGAAGUCUGAAUUGUUGUGGAUUUAGAGUUUUUGAUCCAUAUGAACCCUGCCCUUCUGAUUGCUUUAGAAAUCGUCAGUGUCAACCAUGCGCACCGAUAAUAGAGGAGUACUCCGAAAUGGUGCUGAGGUUUGUUGGAGGCAUAGGACUCUUCUUCAGUUUCACAGAGAUUCUGGGAGUGUGGCUGACAUAUAGGUACAGGAACCAAAAGGACCCUCGUGCAAACCCUAGUGCAUUUCUUUGAUAAGUUUAUGAAGGACUGAAUCUUCUCUCUGCACCCUGUACUUCAAAAUACUGAUUCUUCAUAGUUAGGUAUUUCUCCAUAAUAGGAAUUCUACAUGUACACAAAAGAAAACUUUUUUUCCAUAAGAGAUUUGUAGUUUUCAUAUUUAAUUUUCCACUACUUUUCUUCUAAGAAUCUCUAUCUUGAAGUAGACUGGUGCAUUCAGUAGCUAGGCAGAGUCAAAAUGCUGCUCUGAGCUGGUUAA